UCAAGUGGCUGUGGAGGCUGGGAGGCCUGGCUGGGGUUCGCUUUCCGUGCGGCUCUUCGGAAGCGAACAGGGAAGGACAGUAGAAAGGAUAGGACCUCCCUCCGCGCCGUUGUUAGGAUCCAUGGUCCCCGUCGUGGGACGGGCAGCCUUGCGCGGAGGUGUCGGCCGGGGCUGCGCUCUUUACGAGGCCUUCGCACCCGCCCUCCGUCCUCGUCCGUUUCCGGAGGCGGCACCCUGAGCCUAAGCGCCUUUUUACAAGGGGGAGCCUGGGGCUCUUGAGUGCGACAGUCGUCCCGAGGCCACUCCGCCCAGUGUGGGGUGGGGGUUCGGCUGCUCCCGCAGAGCCCGCUCCAGUCACCAGCUUCUCGACCCGGUUCUGCUCAGAGGGUCCCAUGGCGGCCGCGGCGCUUAUGGACCGGGCUCAGGGCUGUGUGACCUUCGAGGAUGUGUUCGUGUACUUCUCCCGGGAGGAGUGGGAGCUCCUUGAGGAAGUUCAGAGACUUCUGUACCGUGACGUGAUGCUGGAGAACUUUGCACUUGUGGCCUCGCUGGGUUGUUGGUGUGAAGCAGACAAUGAGGAGGUCCCUUCUGAGCAGAGCGUUUUUGUAGAAGGAGUGUCAGAGGUCAGGACUCCUGAGUCAUGUCUAUUUAUCCAGAAAGCCCAGCCGUGUGAGAUAUGUGACCCACUCUUGAAAGACAUUUUGCACCUGGCUGAACACCAGGGAUCAUGCCCUGCACAGAAACUGUACACAUGUGACCCCUGUGGGCAAGGAUUCCUGUUCAGUGAAAACUUUUCUCAGCACCAGAAGCAAUAUAGUGGGAAGAAUCCUGUCAGAAGGGGUGAUGACGGGGCCUCACUUGUGAAGAGCUGUGCUGUCCACAUGUUAGGGAGACCUUUUACUUGCAGGGAGGAAGGGAUGGACUUGCCAGAUAGCUCUGGCCUGUUCCAGUACCAAAGCACUUACAAUGGAAUGAGUCCAUGCAAAAAGGCUGAGUUCAUGGAGCCUUUUCCACAAAGCUCCAGACUCGGGCGACACCAGGGAGACCAUGAUGAACUGAUGCUUGUCAAUUGCAGUGACAAUGGGAAAGCCUUCCUGAACACCUUCACUCUCCUUGACAACCAGAUAACUCAGGCUGAAGUGCGAGCUUUUAGGUGCCUACCAUGUGGAAAUCUGUCCAAGGAGAAAUCAGCUCUUAUUCAUCACACAAAAAUUCAUAGUGCAGAAACAUCACAUGUGUGUAAGGAAUGUGGAAAGGCCUUCAUUCACCCGUCUCACCUAAAAACCCACCAGAAAUUUCACAAUGGGAAAAGACAGUAUACAUGCAGUGAAUGUGGGAAGGCCUUCAGCCGCAAAGACACGCUUGUACAACACCAGAGAGUCCACACUGGAGAACGGUCUUAUGACUGCAGCGAAUGUGGAAAAGCCUACAGCAGAAGCUCGCACCUUGUUCAGCACCAGAGAAUUCACACCGGAGAAAGGCCUUAUAAGUGCAGUGAAUGUGGAAAAGCCUUUAGCCGUAAAGACACACUUGUUCAGCACCAGAGAUUUCAUACUGGAGAAAGGCCUUAUGAGUGCAGUGAAUGUGGGAAAUUCUUUAGCCAAAGCUCUCACCUUAUUGAGCACUGGAGAAUUCACACUGGGGCAAGGCCUUACGAGUGCAUAGAAUGUGGAAAAUUCUUUAGCCAUAACUCCAGCCUCAUUAAACAUAGGAGAGUCCACACAGGAGCAAGGUCUUAUGUGUGCGGCAAAUGUGGGAAGGCUUUUGGCUGCAAAGACACGCUUGUUCAGCACCAGAUAAUUCACACUGGAGCAAGGCCUUAUGAGUGCAGCGAGUGUGGAAAAGCCUUCAGCCGUAAAGACACACUUGUACAGCACCAGAAAAUCCACACCGGAGAAAGGCCUUAUGAGUGUGGCGAAUGUGGAAAAUUCUUUAGCCAUAGCUCCAACCUCAUUGUGCAUCAGAGAAUUCACACUGGAGCGAAGCCUUAUGAGUGCAGUGAAUGUGGGAAAUGCUUUAGCCACAACUCCAGCCUCAUUCUACACCAGAGGGUUCACAGUGGAGCAAGGCCUUAUGUGUGUAGUGAAUGUGGGAAAGCCUACAUUAGUAGCUCCCACCUUGUUCAGCACAAGAAAGUUCACACUGGAGCAAGGCCUUAUGAGUGCAGUGAAUGUGGGAAAUUCUUUAGCCGAAACUCUAGCCUCAUCCUUCACCAGAGGGUUCACACUGGAGAGAAGCCUUAUGUGUGCAGUGAAUGUGGGAAAGCCUAUAGCAGAAGCUCCCAUCUUGUUCGGCACCAGAAAGUUCACACUGGCGAAGGGCCUCAUGAAUGCAACAGCUUUGAUGGCCCUUUAGCUGCAUCUGUUACACUUGUUUAGCAGCCAGAAAGUUCACACUAGAGAAGCCCUUAUGAAUGCAGAAAAUGUGCUGUAUCCUUGUUUAAGGUAUUAGGACUCACACCAGAGAAGAGCUCUGUGAGUGCCCUUUGUGAGGGAGCCAGCAGGUCUGCCUUGUACAAUUGUACAUCCACCCCGGGGAGAUUCCCGAUAAGUACCACGUAGUUGAGAAGCUCUCAUGAGGUGCAUUGCACUUCCUCAACUGUCCAGGGCUCUUGACAGUUGUAUCACUGCCAGUGCCUGUGGUGGAAGCCAUCUCAUUGCUGUUACGUUCCCACAGUGUCUGUCAGUUACUCCAAUAUGCUCAGGAAAGGUGGACCCCUGUGGUGUCUCUCCUGAUCCCUCUAGGGGAUUGUGAAUGUUCUGAGUGUAUUGAAGAUCCUCAUUUCCUUCCCCAUAACGGGGUUCCGAGUGACCAUGAUCUAUCUCUGGCCAAAAGGAUCUGAACUGGAACCUGCUGGUGAUUACCAGACAAGAUUUCCCUUCUUCCUUGACAGUGUUGACUGUAACAUGAUAGCUGUGACUUAUUUAUCCUGCUUUCAAGUCACCCAACUUUGGAACUCCCUGCCCCAUGCUACUCUGGUUUGUGCAGUGAUAAAGGCCUGCUGUGGCAGUUUUUACUCUUGGGAGGUCAGUUCACUGUGUCUAAUGGAUUGAGAAUAAAUUGGGUUUCGCCAGCCUGAAGGGAGGAACACCUUUUGUUGGCACCAACGUUAUGUGCCUCAGAAGGAACAGCAAGAUGGCAGAGAACACCUCUCAGCCUAGUUUCUCCUAGUUUGCAUUGUUGCCCAAGGCUUGCUAGAAAUGACUGAAGAGCUUUGUGCACCUAAACCUGUGGCCUAGAAGUCAGGAUUUCCUGUGAGCCCAGAGUUCAUUCUGAGGAGGGCACAGUCGGUGUGGAAAUCUCCAGUGCUUGUGGAAGCAACAUGAAUUGGGUCCUUUGUUCCUAGGGUAUGUGCCAUAUUCCUCAGCACUUUAUUUAUUUAUUUUUUUUGGCGGUAUGCGGGGCUCUCACUGUUGUGGCCACUCCCGUUGCGGAGCACAGGCUCCGGACGCGCAGGCUCAGCGGCCAUGGCUCACGGGCCUAGCCGCUCCGCGGCAUGUGGGAUCUUCCCGGACCGGGGCACGAACCCGUGUCCCCUGCAUCGGCAGGCGGACUCUUAACCACUGCGCCACCAGGGAAGCCCUUCCCCAGCACUUUUGAGGGAUUUCUGUCUCCUGGACCUGUAUAGGAGCCAGUCCCUGAUGUCCAGAAUCCCAUAGGCGAGUAUCAUUGACUGGAAGGCUUUAGCCCUUUAGGGCAAGGUAGGAAUCAUAGUUGGUACAGAAGCACUGAGAUAAUGGAGUGGGGAUGACUGUGGCUAGCGAGAGAAUGUGUGUCUAUUUUAACAGUGGCAUCUAUAAACGUCCAUGAGAUUUUGGCUGUAUGGCAUGAAAGUGUACAGAAAUCCUCAGGACCUUCAGAUGUCUAAGUCUCCUGCGGCCAAUGCACUGUCACAGUAAAUAAUCUAAAGGUUUGUGGAUUCCUGUAGCUCCCUGGGCUGUUGACGUUAUGGCCAUCACUGCACAGGCAGGAACCCCAGCACUGAUGAGAGAUCCAGGGAUCAGGCUUCUCUGACCCAGCCAGCACUUCUAGUGACUGAAGUGGACGUGGACCUCAUUGCUGAUACCGAGGCAGGGCUCAUCCCCCUACACUGGGGGGAGAGGGAUAUGCUGGAACCAGAACCGUGGGCAGAUGUGACUUUCCAAGAGCAAUGGUAAAUACGGAUUUUCAUAGGGAACAUUGAGUUCCUAACAUCUUCAUUAAGGUAUGGUGACAUGAAAUAAACUGAAUAUAUAGAGUGUAAAGCGUGUUAUGUUUCACCAUGUGUGUAAAUACUGAUGAGACCACACCGUCAAGGUAAUGGAGAUAUCCCACACAACCAAAAGAUGCCUUGUGUCCCUUUAUAAUCCUUUCCUCCCAGUCCUUUCUGGCCCCCUUUCCCACAAUUCACAAGUAAU